AUGGCGGACCUGGUCUCCGACGUGCUCCUGUCCUUCUUCUGCUGCUGCUUCUACCCUCCCGGGGGGCACCACGACACGCGACACUACCGCGGCCACCCGGCGGGCAGAAACUCCGCGCAUCGUCACCACCACGGCGCCGCGGGUCGUACGGUGCCCAGUCGGAGCAGACCGGCCCUGUCUUUCCAGACGGUGGAGCUCAAGGUCCGGAUGUGCUGCGACGGCUGUGAGCGAGCCGUGAUGCAGUCUCUCGUGAACCUCCGAGGAGUGGACAGUGUGGAGGUGGACGCGGGGACGGGGAACGUGAGGGUGACGGGGUACGUGGAGCGGGGGAAGGUGCUGCGGGAGGUACGGCGCCGGAGCGGGAAGAAGGCGGAGUUCUGGCCGAGCGGCGGCACGCCGCUGCGCUUCGCGUCUCCCGGGGGCUGCUUCGGCGGCGGCGGCGGCGAGCCGUACCGCGACACCUACAGCUACCACCGACGCGGCUACGGUGAUGUUGGUGAUCGUCACGGCCGCACCCGCAGGCCUGCUCGUGGCGGCGACGCCGUCAGCAACAUGUUCAACGACGAUGAUGUCAACGCGUGCGCGAUCAUGUGACGGCUUGACGAC